GCAUCCCCCACUGGGCACAAAUCGUGUGGUGUGUAAAUCGUGAUUUCUUCAAACUGCAUGCUCUGGGGCUCGAGUACGAUGCCAUCAUCUUCUAUGACACGGACGUGUUUGUAAACCCUCCAGAUUUUUCGCACCUGGAGGCUGUGUUCAACUGCGCCUACCAGGGCUACUUCUUGGCUUCGGCGCUGCACGGCGGAUUCGAGCCGCUGACUGUGGCAUUCUUCGCCCUACGACCAUCUCCGGCGCUGCUCAGCGCGGUGCGGCGCUUCCUGCUGAACUCGACCUUCGAUGACGACGGCGCCUGGAAUUGGGUCGGCUUCGGGCCAUGGGGAUGCCUUGACA